AAAUGUCUAAUUAAAAUUAAAGAUCUUGUUGAAAUUAUGACAACUAUUAUAAUAAUUGAUUCAAAUCUUUUAACAAGAUAUGAUGGAAGAAAAUUAAAAAGUAAAAAUUUAACAGAAGAGGAAUGGCAAGCAAUUGGUGAAUUAAUUAUAAUUUUAGAAAAUUUUGCUAAAGCAACUGAAUAUUUGGAUGGAAAUAAAUAUACUACUAUUAGUUUGAUGUAUACUUUUGAUAAUAAUAUAAGCUAUAUUGAUGUAUCAGAAGAAGAUGAUGAACCUAUUACUGGAGAAUCAAAAAAUAGAAAAAUUACAAGAAUAUUUCAAAACAACAAUAAUCUUAAAGAAGUAGAUAAUUAUUUAGCAUUAUCUAAAAUUCAUUUUGAAAAUUGUCCUCUUUUAUGGUGGAAAAAUAAU